ACUGAACAGUCUGGAUACUCGGGUUCACCACCUCCACAGUUCCACGACUUCCACCUUCAUUUUCCUCGAGUCCAACAUGGGGAUCCGGAAUCAAAAGCACAGCGAGCGGUGUUCGAGCUCUUCUUCCGGAACGAGCUUGAAGAGGAAGAGAGAAGAAGGUUUAGAGGAAGAUCCGUCAACGACCGACUCUCCAUCUGCCGAAGACUCUCUCCAAGACCUUGUCCUAGAGGUCCGCGCUCAGGUGGAGAUUCUCGAAUCGUCUCUCUCUAGAGCGGAGUUGGAUCGAUCCUCCUCCACGCGAGCCAUUCACGUCCUCUCAGAGCUAGCUAAGAACGAGGAUUUUGUGAACGUGAUAGUGGACUGUGGCGCAGUUCCGGUUCUGGUGCGGAACCUUAAGCUGCAGGAGCCGGUUCCAGGCAGAGAAAGAGACUCCGGUUCGAUUCAGCAUGCGCAUGAGGUUGAGAGAGGAAGUGCCCUCACACUUGGGCUUCUUUCCAUAAAGUCAGAGUAUCAACAACUCAUUGUUGAUGCUGGAGCCCUGCCACAUCUUGUGAAUCUUCUAAAGCAGCAUAAACACAGCCAAAACUCUCGAGCUUUAAGUGGUGUUAUCAGGAGAGCAGCUGAUGCAAUUACGAACCUUGCUCAUGAGAAUAGCAACAUCAAAUCCUGUGUUAGGGUAGAAGGUGGCAUCCCUCCUCUUGUUGAAUUACUUGAGUUUGCCGAUCCAAAGGUGCAAAGAGCAGCUGCAGGCGCCUUGAGGACACUGGCAUUCAAAAAUGAUGACAAUAAGAAUCAGAUAGUAGAAUGCAAUGCCCUGCCCACUCUUAUUCUAAUGCUUCGCUCUGAAGAUUCUGCAAUUCACUACGAAGCGGUUGGUGUAAUUGGGAAUUUGGUACAUUCUUCACCUAGCAUUAAGAAGGAAGUUCUAGCAUCUGGAGCUUUACAACCUGUAAUUGGAUUACUUAGCUCUUCAUGUUCAGAAAGCCAAAGAGAAGCUGCUUUGCUGCUUGGGCAAUUUGCUGCAACAGAUUCUGACUGUAAGGUUCACAUUGUCCAAAGAGGUGCUGUACCACCCCUGGUUCAGAUGCUUCAGUCUACAGAUCCUCAAUUGAGAGAAAUGUCCGCUUUUGCACUUGGAAGGCUGGCACAGGAUUCACACAAUCAAGCUGGUAUUGCUCAUAGCGGUGCUAUUCCGCCUUUAAUGAGGCUUCUUGAUUCAAAAAAUGGAUCUCUGCAACAUAAUUCUGCAUUUGCUCUUUAUGGUCUUGCAGAUAAUGAGGAUAAUGUUGCAGAAAUGAUAAAAGUUGGAGGAGUUCAAAAACUUCAAGAUGGAGAAUUCAUUGUUCAGCCAACAAGAGAUUGUGUAACUAAGACACUGAAAAAAUUAGAGGAGAAGAUUAAUGGCCGAGUAUUGAGCCAUUUGUUAUAUCUGAUGUCUGUCGGGGAGAAGAUUGUCCAAAGAAGAAUUGCCUUGGCCCUUGCUCACUUUUGUUCCCCAGAGGACCAAAAGACAGUUUUCAUUGACAAUGAUGGAUUGGAAUUGCUUUUAGAGCUUGUGGAAUCCACAAGUGUGAAGCACCAACAGGAUGCUGCUACUGCUCUGUGCAAAAUAGCUGAUAAAGCCAGCUCACUUUUCCCCAUUGAUGCAGCCCCUCCCUCUCCAGUACCUCAAGUGUACCUUGGCGAGCAGUAUGUAAAUAAUCCAACGCUCUCAGAUGUGACUUUUUUAGUUGAAGGGAAACGCUUCUAUGCCCACCGAAUUUGCCUGCUUGCUUCUUCAGAUGCAUUUCGAGCAAUGUUUGAUGGUGGUUAUAGGGAGAAGGAUGCAAAGGACAUUGAGAUCCCAAAUAUUAAAUGGAAUGUUUUUGAGUUGAUGAUGAGGUAUGUGUAUACAGGAUCAGUUGCGGUUAAUCUGGAAAUUGCUCACGAUCUUCUGAGGGCUUCAGAUCAGUAUCUUCUGGAGGGACUUAAACGUCUAUGCGAGUAUGCAAUUGCUCAGGAUAUGUCUAUGGAGAAUAUCUCUCUCAUGUUUGAGUUGUCGGAGGCUUAUAAUGCUUCAACCUUGAGAAAUGCUUGCAUUCUUUUUAUACUGGGGAAUUUUGACAAGCUAAGUGAAGCGGGCCGUUUCUCAGAUUUGAUUGAGCAUGCAUUACCAGAGACUCGCAGUUACUUUGUAGAAGCACUUGCCGGACCAAUUCAAGCUGACAUGCAGCCAUAGUUUGUCACCUGGCUUUCAUUUUUUUGACCCAUUUUUUAUCCACAAGAGGAAAGCUGUAUAGGGUUAGCUUUUAUAGUUAUAGUUCUGAAAAGGAAUUGGCAGAUAGUUUGUCCUGGCUAAAUGCUACAAUGCAUAAUUGCAUAUCCACCCCACACUGGCCUUGGGUUUACAUUACCACUCUUGAAUGCAAAUGUGAAUCACUGGUCAGUGUUAAAUUUGGCAUCUACUGUUAGUUUGAUGGACCAUUCUGCUCUUUUUCUGAAUAGAAUAGAUUAUUUGCACCGCUUUUUACA